AAUGACUGAUUUUCAGAUUUCUCGAUCGGUAUUUCUGCUUGUUAUACAUAUUUGCAUUGCUAGUGUUGUUCAUAUUAUAUCCCUAUCAACUCAAGGAUGGCAUAAUGGCUAUGAGAAUGUUGGACUCUUUCCCCAGGGAAACAUUCCCGACUGGUGGAAACUUACACAAGCAGCUAUGGUUCUAGGUCUAAUGUGCCUUAUGAUUUCGGAAGUUUGCGCCAUUAUCUCUUUAUUGAGUAAACAAAAAUACUACCCAAACGAUAAAAGAAUAAUUGCCGGGUUUUUACUUCUUGGAUUUAUAUUUACGACGGGAAGUUGGAUAACUUUUGCGGUUGAGAUGAGAAAAGAGGACAAUAGAUUUCUGUUGGGGCUUGCGUCCGAUUCAGAGGAAAGUUUCAGCUACUCCUUCGGUCUGGCUGUCGUAUCGUCAAUUCUCUCCUUCCUCUUAAUAAUACAAACAUGGAUAGUAAAAAAGGGAGAGUAUGACGAUCCCUAUCCAACCGAUGCUCAAAUAGGGGAGAGUAUCUAUGACAAUAAUUCACUUGUGUUACGUCCUGCAAACGGGAAAGAUGGUGGAGUUAAUAGUACAAAAAUCCCGUCAACUGCUAAAGACAACUAUUCAGCAAACCCUGUUUAUAGAGACAGUUUCAAUCCGGAAAAUGUUGACAAUUCACGCUGGAGUGUUUCGGAAUUAUAUAAUUUUCAUGGUGUUCCUAAGAGUAUGUCAAAUCAAGAAUUUAAUUUUGUCCUUUAA